AUGCCACGGGUCAUACCUACCUCCCUUCUGUCUCCUAGGACCGUCCCGAUACAGGGUUAUCAUCACUAUCUCACCCCACUCCGACGUCUCGUAUUAGACCAUGACCCCCUCUCUCCAUCUCAACAUGGUCUGAGAACGUAUCUCAAGACUCCCCUCAUUCAACUUGCCAAGGAGAAUCCAGAUGUCGAGAUUGUCGUCCGGCAAUUACGCAGAGGUCGAGCAGGAGUCAUUCGAGGUCAUUACGUCAACGGGAGGGACAAGGUCAUAUGUGUGAAUGGAUUGGAGACCAAUCAGGUCGCUCAAAAGGUAAAACUCCUGCUCGAUACUUCCGGUUCAAAGUUGAAACAUCUGAAAAACCUCACGUUGGAGGCUGCACCUGGAGGAGAAUCCGCCAGAGGGGUCUGGAGUGCUUUACAUGACGCCAGCGGUCAAGGUGGAGGGUAUCGGAUAUGA